AUGCCUGUGCCUAGUAAAGAGAAGAUUAGGGGAUUUAUUGAUGAUCCUGUGGAGAGAUUUGAUGAAAAGGUAAAGCUCGGGUCAAAUCGAUUCGGAAAGAAGUGCAAUUACGUCAUCCUGGCACAAACAUCAAAUUUGUUUUCUCACAUUCAUAUCGAGAUAUUUACGACCUUAGAAUCAAUCGAUACCACUAUACGUCAUGACAUUUUCUUCUCACAGCCUCCGAAAUUCUUCAUAAAAAGCUGGAAGAACCCGUGCUGGUAUGAGAGAACAACUCAGUUAGAUGCCGCACUCCAGAGGAUAUUUACACUCCGCUGCCUCCCUGCAUUUUACAUAGCAGGCUUCCCCAAGUGUGGCACCACCGACAUCUGGUACAGAAUACUCCAGCAUCCACAGGUAGCCAACUUCACGAAACGGGAAUCGCAUUGGUGGAGUACCACGAAAUGGUACAUGAAAGGAAAUAUCAGCGAAUACAUAAAUGUCUAUAGUAAAGCCAUGAUUGACCGGGAGGCAGAGAAGAGGCCAAAUCUGAUCAUAGGUAAGCACAUUCAUCAAAUUGUCGGUUUAGGCGUAUCGACCAUCGUGAAAGCUGUUUCGGGGGGGUUUCGAUGUUAUCAAGGCGACGACAGCCCCUCCUAUAUGUGGAUGCAGAACUUUCGAAUGAUCAACACCAUUUUAGUCAGAGAUCUGCUCAAGAUGGAAGUGACGCCACCUGAAGUCUUGACGCCACAUCUUAUACGAGAAUAUUCGCCGCGAGCAAAAUUUAUUGUUAUGCUUAGGGAUCCAAUAGAAAGGCUUUAUUCCCAUUACCUAGACAAGGGUUUCAUCUCAGCCAACCUUGUCUCAAGACGAGCCAUGAGGUCGUUGCUGGGCUUUCACUCCCAAGUAGUACAGAAGACCGCACUGUUUUAUGACUGUUUAAAAAGGAAGCCCAUACGGACCUGUGCGCAUGACCCAUUUAUAUUUAGGGAGAACAAUGAGUUUCUGGUUCGCCUUGAACGAGGCCUGUAUUCCGUCUACAUAGCAGAGUGGUUAAAAAUCUUCCCACGAGAACAGUUUCUUUUCUUGCGAGUGGAAGACUAUGCGAAGGACGUAUCAAAGACCUUAAAAGAGGUUUUUUCAUUUUUAGAAAUCGAUCAAUUAGAAGACAGCAAACAUCGUGAUAUCGUCGCCGCGGAAGUAGCAAAUCAAGCAAAGAAAAAGGGUGAUGACGUCAUCGGGCCAAUGUGGAAUAUAACGAGGGAUAUCUUAGAGGAAUUUUACCGCCCGUUUAAUGUUGCCCUUGCGGGGAUACUGGGCGAUAAACGCUAUCUGUGGGAUGAUUGA